AUGAAUGAAGAGAAUGGGAAUUCAUCACUUCUUAAGAAAAUGCGUUUUACCAGUGCACGAGCCUCAUCCCUAGCAUCCCCUGCUAGAGUGACUGCUGGUGACAUAGUUCAUGACGACGAUUUGACUCCCAAGAAGCCAGGAUGCGAGAAUGAUUUCGUGUUGGUAAAAGUCCAGACUUGGGUUGAUGGUGUAGAGGAUGUGGAAUUUGUUGGUGUUGGUGCUCGAUUUGGGACUACCAUAGUAUCGAAAGAGAAAAAUGCUAAUCAAACUCAUCUCGUCCGAUCGGACCCUCGGGAUUGCUGCAGUCCUCUUAGAAAGAAGAUUGCUGGUGAGGUUUUAAUGGUGGACCGAGGCCACUGCAAGUUCACAUCCAAGGCGAAUUUCGCUGAAGCUGCUGGUGCUUCAGCAGUCCUCAUUAUAAACAAUGAGAAAGAACUAUACAAGAUGGUUUGUGAGCCUGAUGAAACUGAUUUGGACAUACACAUUCCCACCGUUAUGCUCCCACGUGAUGCUGGUGCAACAUUGGAGAAAAUGUUGUCCAAUAUAUCUGUACAGCUUUACUCUCCCAGGCGACCUGUGGUUGAUAUAGCCGAAGUAUUUCUAUGGAUGAUGGCAGUCAGUACUAUCUUAUGUUCUUCUUACUGGUCCGCAUGUAGUGCACGAGAAGCUGCAAUAGAGCAAGACAAGUUUUUAAAGGAUGCUACUGAUGAGCCUCCAAGAAUUGCUAAAGGCAGUGAUGGGAGCAGUGUUGUGAAUAUCAAUACGAAAUCUGCAGUGUUGUUUGUUUUUGUUGCAUCGUGCUUCUUGAUUCUAAUCUAUAAGCUGAUGUCGUACUGGUUCAUCGAGCUUUUGGUGGUCAUCUUUUGCAUUGGUGGUGUAGAGGGUUUACAAACGUGCUUAGUUGCCUUGCUAUCAAGGUGGUUCAAGAAAGCUGGAGGCUCGUUUAUAAAAUUACCUGUUUUGGGGCCAAUCUCAUACCUUACACUGGCUGUUGCACCAUUCUGCAUAGCUUUUGCUGUUAUCUGGGCUGUGGAAAGAACUAACUCUUUUGCAUGGAUAGGUCAAGAUAUACUCGGAGUUGCGCUUAUAAUUACUGUUCUUCAGAUAAUCCGAAUCCCUAAUCUCAAGGUAGGCACAGUCCUCUUAGGCUGUGCUUUCGUUUAUGACAUCUUUUGGGUGUUUCUUUCCAAGAAACUGUUCAAAGAAAGUGUAAUGAUUGUGGUAGCGCGUGGUGAUAGAAGUGGUGAAGAUGGAAUCCCAAUGCUUCUAAAGAUUCCUCGUUUAUUCGAUCCGUGGGGUGGAUACAGUAUCAUUGGCUUUGGGGAUAUCCUUUUGCCCGGCCUUCUUGUUGCAUUUUCCCUUAGGUAUGAUUUUCUAGCGAAGAAGACCCUUCGAAACGGAUAUUUCCUGUGGGCAAUGUUUGCUUAUGGAUUAGGGACAUUUUUGGCGCUCGGGAGAAAAAGAGGCGAUUUGGAGCUACUAUGGACGAGAGGGGAACCGGAGAGGGUUUGCCCGCACGUUCGUCUUGAAUCGGCUCAAGAUUCGCUUUGA